AUGGCCGCUCUUGUGAUGCUGACGACGUCACCACAGGUACGGCUACGCUUGGUCACCACGGUGCACGGGGUGUGUGCAGCUCCUGUCGCAGCACCGUUGGCCCAACGUUUGCUGCUUGGACUGGGUGUGUCAGCUCUUGUGGUGCCAGGCGCCACCCGUCCGAGCUUCGGUGCAGAGGUGCCAGCAGAGCUCCCUGGUUGGGUCGAAAAGUUCCGGGAAGUCGUCGGGAAGAUCAUCAUGGCUGGGGACAACACAAAAGCCAACCCUUUCAACUUUCGCUUGGACCCAGUGGCUCUAGAUGUGGUCCUGAACUCCGGUGUGAUCCAGAUGGUGGGCACCUGUUGCCGACCGGAUGCCAAAGAGUAG